AUGCCGAAAACCCAACAUCCCACACUGCACGCUCCCGCGCCACCUCCACCGCCUCUCACACCCUCACCACCACUACACCUCCUACCACCCACCACAUUCACCCCUGGCCCUGAACUCUUAAUUUCAGGAUACACAUGCAGCUUCCAUGUCUUUCCCGCCGCCUGGCCGCGCAGUACACCGCUCGCAUUCUUCCCGGCCGAUCUACGCGAACGAGCGGAUGAGAGCAGGGAGGAGCGCAAGACGCGUAUAGCCCACGCCACGGAAUAUAUUCUCGACGCAAAAGCGACAUACGAACGUGACCACCCCGACGCAUCAGACGACAACAAACGCGUGCUCUGGGUCACCGCCACGCGCUGGGUGCGCAACUCGAGCUUGGGCGUGCGCGCGACGGGCGACAAGAACAAAGACAAGACGCUGCUCUGCACGCACGCCAAUGGCUUCCACGGGACAACAUACAUGCCCAUCAUCCAGCGCUUGCUCGCGCGGCGCGUCGACGUCGCCGAGGUCUGGGCGCUCGACGGCGUGCAGCACGGCGACGCCGCGCUCCUGAACGCCGGGCAGAACGGGAUAUAUUUCGACUGGCACGAUAUGGCGCGCGAUCUACUGUGCUUCAUCCAGUAUUAUCUGCCUUCGGAUUAUACGUCCGAUGCGAUGUCUACGGUGCUGCCGCGUAUAGACGGUGGAUCGCGCAGAGUUCAUGCGCUGGGCCACUCGUUCGGCGGCUGCUCCCUCGUACUGGCAGCGCACCACCACCCAGAACUCUUCGCGGCACUCAUGCUCGUAGACGCAGUGAUCGUCCCUCCACAGCUCGACCGCGCCAUCUCGCGCCCGCCCGGCUGGGUCGCACCAGACGGUACAGUCUCAACGGGCGGCUACCCCUCUCUACCGCUCUACAUCACCAACACCCUUGGCCGCCGCACACGCUGGCCCUCGCGAGUUGCAGCGCACGAAGCGCUCGCGGCGCACCCGUUCUUUGGGUCGUGGGAUAAGGACGUGUUGGAUGUGUAUGUGACGCAGGCGUUGGUGGAGAGUAGGGAGGGCGGGGAGGUGCGGUUGAAGUGCGAUAAGGAGGAUGAGGCGGCGGUGUAUGCUGAGAGGCGCGCUUCGUGGGAGGCGUGGGAGGUACUUCCUCGGUUGGAUCGGAGGGUGGCGUUGUUGUGGAUCGAUCCUCCUGCUGGAGAUAGCGUCGUCCAAACGCGCUCUAUCGCGGAUGCGCGUGUGCAAAGGCGAACCGUCAAUACUGCAUGUGUCGUGAUCCCGGAAGGAACGCAUCUUGCGGUGCAAACCCACCCAAGCCAAGUCGCCGAAGCCGUCAAUACCUUCUUACAUUCUGUCGACGCGGGUGCAGUUGGCGAGGUGCACGAGUUACAAGUGCAGGAUACAGAAGGCGCCGUAGUACAGCAUAGAUCCGUCGCAGUGCUCUGGCGGUGCUCAAUCUAUGUCAUUGAUCUUUGA